AUGCCGCUUACAACAAGUCAGAAGAAGAGAAAAGUUCUUGAGGGCUUUCAGGGCAAGACGGGUCGCCCAAACAAGAAGUUCAGAAAGCAGCGCAAUUAUCACAGCAGCUCCGACGAGGCCGACGACGAGCCCGCCGACUUUCAGGCGGUCGAUCUUGCGGAUUCUGACAACGAAGCAGAAAAUAUUGUCCCAAAUAAAUCCAACCAAUCGAAGCGCAAAGAAGCAAAGAAGCCAGAACCCAAAGAAGAUUCUCCAAGCGACGACGAGGAGUCCGCGUCCAACGCCGACUCCGAUGCGGACGACGAUUCAGAUGUUGAUGCCGAUUCCGAUGGAUCUACGCCAGCUGGUGCUAUUGGGAAGAGAAAAGUUCCAAAGCGCAAUGACCCAACUGCCUUUUCCACCUCCAUCUCCAAGAUUCUUGCGACAAAACUACCGACAUCUGCCCGUGCAGACCCCGUGUUGUCGCGCAGCAAAACCGUUACACAAAUUACUACCCAAAUAGCGGAAGAUAAACUAGACAAUGCGGCACGAGCUAAGCUACGAGCUGAAAAGAAAGAGGAGCUUGACCGGGGCCGUGUUCGUGAUGUUCGUGGUAUUUCGACUGGCCAGGCCGGUGCGGUGGCUGAAGAAGAGAAGCGACUGCGCAAGAUCGCCCAGCGUGGUGUGGUCAAGCUGUUCAAUGCCGUCCGCGCUGCGCAGGUCCGUGGUGAAGAGGCCGCAAAGGAGGAGAGGAAGAAGGGCACUGUUGGAAUUGGUGAGCGGGAAAAGGCAGUCAACCAGGUCAGCAAGCAGGGGUUCUUGGAAUUGAUCAACGGGAAGAAGGGCAAGCCGCUCAACAUUGAGGAAGCUUAA